AGCGAUAAUGAGGUUAGGCCCGGUCUUGAUUCCCUGAGUGAAUAAAACCUCAGGUUGGUGAGUGGUCCAGCCCAAGUUGACUGGUUCCCGUUCAGAGAAUCACUCUUCAGGCCCACCUCGCUGCCUUCCUCAUCGUCUCUUUCUUUUUAAAACACUGAAAAAGCAAAGCAGAGACCAUGGCUGGCAUCAACCCACAGCUAAAAGGCCUUGUCCGUGGCUGCUACGUGGAGUUAGUAAACUCCUGUGCUACCGUCACCCUCACUAACCCACAGUUGUACAUCGAAAGAGGGCGUUGCAGUGUCCCCCUGGCGCUCAACCUGGGACCGAAAUCCAGCAGCAUGGCCACAUUCGUCAAGACCAGCGGCACGGCCACCGGCGCGUCGGGCGUCCUUACCUACGACCUGGAGAAAGCCGAAGCGCAGAGCAACGCCCGUAAUAUUCAACUCAAGCUGGCCGUCAUGUACUCUGUGCCCUUUGACCGUAACAGGUAUACAAACGUGUUUGCCAUUGGCCUCAUGAAUAGCCAAACUGAGUGCUUCCAAGAGCUCUACUCCCAUAUGCACCACAAUGAAGGUGAUUUUGUCCGUGCCAAAGGGGGCGGCAGCAGCCUACAAAAAGAGAGAGACCAUGUUGUGGUCCAAGCCAGCAUGUCCGACACCGGCACGGCCUUGCUGAGGGUUGAAGUCACUGAAAAAUAGAGCAGGGCGGUUAAUCAAUUUUUAAUCAUAAUUCGAAUUGAUGGUCUAGGACGAUUUUUUAAAAUAAAAUUCUAUAAAAAUUAAAUAAAGAUAAAAUUGAACUUUUUUAUUUUUCAUCAAGUGCAGUGAUUUUAAUCUGGUAUUUACAGUAGCGCCACCACUUCCUUCUCUGAGGUCCCGUGGUCCAUAGUAACGCCCCCUCCUCUUUAGAAAAAGUAAAAUAUCAACAUGGCAGAAUGCGCUGAUAAAAGUGAGUAUGUAGAGAUUGCCUAAAGUCUGUGGCAACCAAACUGAAGCAUGCAGCAGAGUAGGAGAUGUGUGUUAUUUAUUUUGCUUUUGUUAAUCAUUGUUAUUCUUCAAACUUAUAAAACGGGUUUAGUUGGAAAAAAUCUGAGAUAAAUUUUUUAGGCCAAAUCGCCCAGCCCUAGUGACAACAAAGAGAAGAAGGAUGGCCCUGUGUGAAUACCCCCUGUAGACUAAACUAUAUCAAUCAGAUGGUCGUCAUUCAUUAAAGCCUUGACCAUGAUAA